CUUUUAGAUAGCACCCACUAUUUCUCUCUGGUAUAAACAACUACUGCUUGUACCAAGACUCGGUUCUAUUUUGAGAGAUAAGGAGUCUACAAAAUGAAGAUUCUAGCAGUACUAUGGACGGUGUGCCUAGUAGGACUCUGCCACGGUGGAGGUGAUGAUGGUAAAGGACUAAAGGGAGCAGUAGCUCAGCAAGAUCCAGUGAAGCCCGUUCAACCUAAUACGCAGGGUCCACCAGGGCAAACUCAGGCUAAUCCUUCUACACCUACUCAACAAGGACAAGCUGCUAAACCUGUAACAGCCUCAUCUGGAAAGGCAGACGUUUUGGAUCUUGCCAGUCCAGAUGAGUCUAAAGUAGACAUUGUCAAGGCUAGUAGGAAUGAAGUGGAGAAGAAGGAGUAUUAUCCAAAGGAUACUUCCAAGAUUACUUCUGUUAUGGAUGGAGGAGUGAGUAUGUGGACAGCCACUGGAAAUGAAAAGUGUUGCUUCGCUAGGUCUUACACGAAAGGUGAUUCUUCAUUCCUUUACAUAACUAUAAUGGGUGGUAAUGACUUGACAGCUAAAUUCUGUGAGAAGGCUGGUGGAGCAUGGAAUGAAGUAGAUGAAGAACCGUUUAAUGACGGGGUAACGACAAUGAUUGGAGGAGCCGUGAAAUAUACAAGUCAAUUCGGCUCCAAAGUAGACCCUACUCUCUUUAAUGCCCUGGACUCUUUUGAGGACAAUGUCAAGGUUCUCAAACUUACACCCAAGAAGGGUGCUAAGGCUACUAAGCUCACAUUCGACAGUAAAGUAGUCUGGGAAGAUAAGAAGCCGUGCUCUUCAGUAUUGUUUUAUAUGGAUUGUGGUACUCCAUUACUUGCUGUUAUAAAGACAAAGAGUGCUGGCGGUGAAUCCAGAGUCUACGUAUAUAGAGAUGGAGACCAGUGGAAGGAUGAUAAAGAGGGUGACCAUAAAAAUAAGUUGACUGCUCUAAAGGAAAGGUGCAAGCCUGGAGAAACUCUAGACAUUUCAAAGAGGGAGGAUACAGAUUUAGGCAUAUACCAUUGUACACCUUAUGGUUCUGGAGAUAUUGAUCACAGUUUUAAUCUCAGAAACGUCGCAGUAACUAAAGUAGUGGAUGGUGAAUAUACUGUUUGGAGAGCUGGAAAGAAUGAGAAAACUUGUACAUGGGCACAAAAUAUUGUAGGCAAUAAAGAAACAUUGAGAUUAGAAAUUCAAACGGCCAAGAAAGAAGAUAUAUUGUUUAGGAAGGAAGGUGGUAAAUGGAAAAGGGUUCAAGUUACUCAGCCCAAAGCUUCUCAAGGGUCUCCCAAUCCUGCUUCCCCCUCUAAGACCACUCCUAGACCCAAUAAAUCGCAGUAA